AUUGAUUUUUGAUUUUAUUAUAUUUGCGUUGCCCAACAUGAGUAUUGAACAUAGGUGCGGAACGGAAUUGUCAUUGUCAUAUGUCAAGUAAUGAUGACAUUAUCUUUGACAGUUAAAUACUUUCCAAUUUCCUGAUUCAGUCAUUAGUCAGACGUGAACCAAUACACUUGUGAAAUGGCUGCGAUAGACGUUGAGACUAUGCCUAUAAAAGUGGAGACUGCAAUGCGUACGUUAAAGUUGUCGGGGCAUGUCGGUUUCGACAGCCUGCCGGACCAACUAGUAAACAAGAGUGUGCAAAAUGGAUUUGUGUUCAACAUUCUAUGUAUUGGUGAAACUGGCUUAGGCAAAUCUACACUAAUGGACUCUUUGUUUAACACCAAUUUCGAGUCUUCUCCUAGUCCACACAAUCUGCCAACUGUUAAAUUGAAAGCACAUACCUAUGAACUACAGGAAAGCAGUGUACGGCUUAAGUUAACUAUUUGCGACACUGUGGGAUAUGGUGAUCAGGUCAACAAGGAUGAUAGUUUCAAAGCCGUAGUGGACUACAUUGAUGCACAGUUUGAGGCGUAUCUGCAAGAGGAGCUGAAAAUAAAACGCUCCCUGCCGACCUACCACGAUAGCCGUUUGCAUGUUUGUCUUUACUUCAUUUGUCCGACCGGACAUGGCCUCAAAUCUAUUGAUCUUGUUUGCAUGAAGAAAUUGGACACUAAAGUGAAUAUUAUUCCCAUCAUUGCGAAGGCUGAUACCAUCUCCAAGACUGAACUGCAGAAAUUUAAGUCCAAAAUUAUGCAAGAACUGCAAUCGAACGGUGUGGAAAUAUACCAGUUUCCAACAGAUGACGAAUCUGUCUCUGAAGUGAACACCUCAAUGAACAGUCACAUUCCAUUUGCUGUGGUUGGCAGUACUGAUUUUGUCAAAAUUGGAAAUAAGACUGUGAGAGCCAGGCAGUAUCCUUGGGGGACUGUGCAAGUUGAAAAUGAGUCCCACUGCGACUUUGUGAAGCUGCGUGAGAUGUUAAUUCGGACCAACAUGGAGGACAUGCGAGAGAAGACUCACGCGCGCCACUACGAGUUGUACCGCCGUCGAAGACUCGCGCAAAUGGGAUUUAGCGAUGUUGACGCCCAUAACAAACCGGUGUCCUUCCAACAAACAUUUGAGCAGAAGCGAUCAGCUCAUCUCGCCGAGUUGCAGCUGAAAGAGGAUGAGAUGCGUCAGAUGUUUGUUCAACGCGUUAAGGAAAAGGAGGCUGAACUUAAGGAAGCUGAAAAAGAGCUUCAUGCGAAAUUCGACAAGCUGAAGAAAGACCAUACAGAAGAGAAGAAGCGUCUCGAAGAACUUCGUAAGAAGAUAGAAGAUGACACAAUUGAAUUCAACCGUCGCAAACAACAGACUCAACACUCACACCACACUCUCACUCUUGGCAAGAGCAAGAAGAAGUGAGGACACACCUCAUCUCUUCGCAGGUCCAUCCGGUAAGACCUUGUGGGCCAUAGACUAAAGCCUUGACUGGAAACAGGACUAUCGCUAAUUUGUCGAUUAUUGUUAGAACUGUGCUGAAUACUAGACUUGUUUACUCUGUGCAAAGACAUUACUAACUUAUUGCCGCCGUAUAUUUCUUUCGGGAUUGUAGCAAUUUAUUCACUGUAUCACAAACAAUUUCAUGUAAUAACAUAUAUUAAUGCUCGUUUAGUAGGUAGUUUGAUGGCUGUUGUAUUUUAAUAAUCAACAGGUUGAAACGAUACACGCCUGCUAAAGGGUUUUUGUGUCAUGCUCAACUGGUAAUUCCUUUGCCUUCCAGAUCGAGAAGUUUCGAGAACACUAUCGCGUUUCGCAAUUGUUUUGCUUACAUUUUUUUAAUAGUCUUAAAGCAAUUGAAUUAAAAUAAUGCUUUAUAGCGUAUCCUCAACUUUUAAAGGUUCUAGACAUAAGCGAAAAUGUUCGUUUCAUCAUAACUUGUACACAUCACCAAUGUCGGUUCUAAUGUCAAAAAUAUUUUCCGUAGAUAUUAAAAUCUUUUGUGGAUGUGGAUUUUGUUUGCCUUCUCGGAUGUGUUAGUAGUGACUUUAGUCCUCCUAUAUUCCUUGCAAUUCCAGAACGUUUUUGUUAAUUCCUUAAAUUAUAGAACAUUGUACUAAUGGUAUAAAUGAGAUAAUAUUAGUUAUUCUUUUGUAAACCUUUACGGUAACACAAUAUGUUAAAAGGGUUGAAUUUAUAAGUUGCUGGUUUGAGUGAAUGAAAAAAAAACAUUUUACUUUGAUAUUGAUUAUGCUGAUGUGAAAUUUUCGAGUGACUUAUAGAGCUUUUUGCCAUCCAAUAAUGAAAACAUAGAUUCAACAUUCAAGUUUGUAAGCACAUUCCAUUCCGAGAUUUUGCACACUAAAACCUGUAUUACACAUCUAAAUGAUAUUCACAUAAAAUUUAUGUUAUUAGUGAGGCUAGAUUUUAUCCCAAGUUUAGGUAUGAACAUAUUUUUAGUAAUAGCAGUGCAUACUUUACAAGUAAAGAUAUUUUUAGAGAUUGGUAACACUGUCUUUUGGCCUUACUAUCUUGUCAUUUGUGCACAGCGUAUAUCACGUUGCUAUCAAAUGACAUUUUCUCAUUUGAAGAGGAUUUGUUAUAAAAUGUAGAGUUUAUUUUACAAAUGUAAUUUGUAUGUACCUACAUCCAAUUCAAUCCAAUUUGUCACGCCUGUUGCAGAGAUUUUGUCUUACUCUGUGUCAAAUAAUAACUACCAUAGACUGUCAAAUUUUGAACACCGCCCGAAUUUACACAGUGAAAUAUAGAACAUUUCUUUGUGAAUUUUUAUUACAUUCUAGGAUACAUUCUGGAUACAACAAAUAGGUCAGUAGACAUAAUUCACUGGUUUCAAUACAAUUUGUAAUUUUUUUU